AUUGUGUUCUGUGCUGUCAACACUUUGUCAUUUUUGUCAUGUUUACUCAGUUUGCAUUAUUUUUAUUGUUAUAAAUCUGUAUGAUAUUAGAUGUUUCUUCAAUUAUAUACAUCAAUUUCCAAAUUUUUAUUGAAUGAAUCGUCAUCCAUGUCCAUACGGUACCUACACAAUAAAAGUGGCAGUCCAUAAACCGCUGUCUGCUAAUGAGUGACUUAUUGGCAAACGAGUUGAAGAGCUUUUGACUAAUCAAUAUAAAAUAGAAGCUGUGAAUAAAAUAUCUUGCUCAAAAGCAGGCUCGUGCGGUGUCCCCCCCGUCCCCCCCCCGGUCCCCCCGCAGAUGUCGGGGUCGUCGUCGCGCGGCGCGGACAUCAUCGACCUGGACCGGUACAUGCGCGGCGUCGCGCCCGCAGACACCGCCAGAAAUCGUGGCGCGCUCAUAGUGGAUGCGGGAGGCAGGCGGGCGCGGGGCGCGUGCGAGCGAGACGGCAGCACGUGCUACUCUCUCGCUCGCUCCAAGGCUCUCUCGCAUGACUCGGGCGUGUCCGACGCCAGCUACCGGCGCCGCGGGCGCAGGUACUCCAAACCGAGGAAGGCGCGGCGGCCGCGGGACUCGUCGGAGGACUCGCAGCUGUCCUUCCGCGCGCACACGGAGCGCGCGCUGCGCCUGCAGCAGCAGCAGUUGUCGCAAGUGGCGGCGCUUUGCUCGCGGCUAGCAGCUUCCCCCCGCAUCGCGCCCCCGCCCCCGCAGCCCCCGCCCCCGGAGCCCCCGGAGGCGCCCGUGCCCCCGCGCCGCCGUCGCAGCCGCUGCAGCGAGCUCUCCACAACCACGCCAGACUCUGCGCCGGAAGAUGGGAAGAUAGACGAGUGUAAAACGUACAAGAUAAUAAUGACAAAGCUGGACCAGCUGAACCACCUGUUCAUGGCGCGCGCGGAGGCGACAGCGGGGGCGGGGCGGGCGCGGCGCGUGCCGCGGGGGUCGGGGGGCACCGUGUGCGUGAGCGACAAGCUCGUGGCCACCGACCCCGCCGGCCCCGGGGGGUGCCAGCUCACGCCGACCAAGAACCACCGCCGGAGCAGCAGACAGGCUUUUGCCACUGGUUUGCCUAAAGGAGACUUAGACUACCCACCGACCCGGCUGGCGGAGUGCGGGGCGGGGAGCAGGGUGGGGUGCGGGGCGGGGUACUCCCCGCGCGAGGUGCACGCGCGAGUCACCAGCACGAGGCGGGACUCUCCAUCACUCAGACGCAGAGACAGGGACUCCACGUCCAUCCCGUCGAGCGAUGAAUAUGUGAACCAGACCGGCUGCAAGUACGAUCUAGAAGACCCCAUGCAUCUAUACGUCCAGGCGAAGCGCCUGCAGCCCCCGCGCGCCCCCGCGUCCCCCGCGCCCCCCGCCGCCCCCGCCACGCUCUGCGCGCGCUGCUACGGCUACUGGUGCUCGCUGCGGCGCUGUCUGCACCAGCUCUGCCCCAUCAGAUAGUGACGUCAUCACGGCUCGCUGGUGGUGACGUCACCAGCGGCUGCAAACGACUUCAGACGAAGAAGAAUGGACGAUGGAUAGUUUUGAUGUACUCACACCCUGAAGAUGAAUGGGGAAUGAAUGCAUCAGUCCGUUGUAAUCAAAGUGGACGAUAAAUGACCAAAGUUAUUUGUUAAUUAUUUAUUUUCUAACCUUUUAAGGUGUUUUAAGAGUUUUUAGAUUUUACGUUUUUGUGUAGGUGUUGUUAAAUAUAUUUAUUUUUUAUCGUCA